AUGGUGGCGAAGAAGCAGGCCCCGUUUGACGAGUUGUCGUUGGUGGAGGCCCGCGGCGGCAGCGCCGACGACGACGGGCGGCCGCGGCGGACGGGCACGGUGUGGACGGCGAGCGCGCACAUCAUCACGGCGGUCAUCGGCUCCGGUGUCCUGUCGCUGGCGUGGGCCAUCGCGCAGCUGGGCUGGGCGGCCGGCCCCGCCGUCAUGCUGCUCUUCGCCGUCGUCAUCUACUACACCUCCACGCUGCUCGCCGAGUGCUACCGCUCCGGCGACCCCGUGGCCGGCAAGCGCAACUACACCUACAUGGACGCCGUCCGCGCCAGCCUCGGCGGCGCCAAGGUCACGCUCUGCGGCGCCAUCCAGUACGCCAACCUCUUCGGCGUCGCCAUCGGUUACACCAUCGCCGCAUCCAUCAGCAUGCUGUAUGUCGUCUUCUCGCAGAUACCGGACUUCGACCAGAUAUGGUGGCUCUCCAUCGUCGCCGCCGUCAUGUCCUUCACGUACUCCACCAUCGGCCUCGUCCUCGGCGUCAUGCAGACCGUCGCCAACGGCGGGUUCCAGGGCAGCCUCACCGGGAUCAGCAUCGGCGCCGACGUCACGCCCACGCAGAAGGUCUGGCGCAGCCUGCAGGCCUUCGGCAACAUCGCCUUCGCAUACUCCUACUCCAUCAUCCUCAUCGAGAUCCAGGACACGAUCAAGGCGCCGCCGCCGUCGGAGGCGAAGGUGAUGAAGAGGGCGACGAUGGUGAGCGUGGCGACGACGACGGUGUUCUACAUGCUGUGCGGGUGCAUGGGCUACGCCGCCUUCGGCGACGCGGCGCCGGACAACCUACUCACGGGGUUCGGCUUCUACGAGCCCUUCUGGCUCCUCGACAUCGCCAACGUCGCCAUCGUCGUGCACCUCGUCGGGGCCUACCAGGUCUUCUGCCAGCCGCUCUUCGCCUUCGUCGAGAAGUGGGCGGCGGCCACGUGGCCCGACAGCGCCUUCAUCACCCGGGAGCUCGGCGCCGUCGGCCCCUUCAAGCUCAGCGUGUUCCGCCUCACCUGGCGCACGGCGUUCGUCGUCCUCACCACCGUCGUCGCCAUGCUGCUCCCCUUCUUCGGCGACGUCGUCGGCCUCCUCGGCGCCGUCUCCUUCUGGCCGCUCACCGUCUACUUCCCCAUCGAGAUGUACGUCGCGCAGCGCGGCGUGCGCAGAGGGAGCACGCACUGGAUCUGCCUCCAGAUGCUCAGCGCCGCCUGUCUCGUCGUGUCCGUCGCCGCCGCCGCGGGCUCCAUCGCCGACGUCAUCGGCGCGCUCAAGGUGUACCGCCCGUUCAGCGGCUAG